CAUCUUUGCUCGGGGCACCACUGCCUCACAGCCGCUCCCGCCGGCGGCGGGCCGCGCAUGCGCAGGGCGGUGCUGUCGGCGGCGGCAUGGGGCGGGCGGCGCUGGCCCUGUGGGCGCUGCUGGUGGCCGCCGUGUGGUGGCUGGAGCCUGGCUCGGCAGAUGCCAAAUGGAAAGCGAUAACUGACCAAAUUAAGAAAGCUGUGGAAGUCUAUAAGCCAUGUGUAAAGGCGAAUUGCAGCUGCCACCAAAGUGUCUGGAAGCAGGACCUGGCUCCCUUUCGAGGUGGCAUUUCCAAGGAGAUAAUAUCAGAUGUGGUGAGCCGGAAGCUCGGGACACACUACCAAAUCGUUAAGAACAAGUUGUACCGUGAGCAGGACUGCUUGUUCCCUGCAAGAUGCAGUGGAGUUGAGCAUUUCCUUCUGGAGAUCAUCAGCCGCCUCCCUGACAUGGAAAUGGUGAUCAAUGUGCGAGACUACCCUCAGGUCCCCAAGUGGAUGAAACCUGUCAUCCCAAUCUUCUCCUUCAGUAAGACACCCGAAUACAAUGAUAUCAUGUAUCCUGCCUGGACAUUUUGGGAAGGAGGACCAGCUGUCUGGCCAAUUUACCCAACAGGUUUAGGACGCUGGGACCUCAUGAGAGAAGACCUCAGAAGGUCUGCAGAAAAAUGGCCAUGGAUGAAAAAAAUCUCUAAAGGAUAUUUCCGAGGAUCAAGAACGAGCCCUGAAAGAGAUCCCCUCAUUCUACUGUCUCGCGAAAAUCCUGAACUUGUUGAUGCUGAGUACACUAAAAACCAAGCUUGGAAAUCUGAGAAGGACACCUUAGGGAAGCCUCCUGCAAAGGAAAUUCCACUGGUUGAUCACUGCAAAUACAAGUAUCUGUUUAAUUUCCGGGGAGUGGCUGCCAGUUUCCGUCUGAAACACCUUUUCUUGUGUGGUUCGCUCGUCUUCCAUGUUGGAGAAGAGUGGUUGGAGUUCUUCUACCCACAGCUGAAGCCUUGGGUCCACUACAUCCCAGUCCGAUCAGACCUCUCUAACGUCAGGGAGCUGUUGCAAUUUGUAAAGGAAAAUGAUGCUAUAGCACAAGAAAUCUCAGAGAGGGGACGCCAAUUCAUCACUGAGCACUUGCAGAUGGAGGAUGUCUCUUGCUACUGGGAGCAUCUGCUGUCUGAAUAUUCCCAAACCUUGACUUACAAAGUGAAAAGGAGGAAGAGCUACAGCGAGAUCACUUCUGAAUGGCUGAAAACAGAACUAUAGAGACUCCUCUGUUUUUCCUCUUCAGCUCAAACUGAUCUCUGUGGAAAUCUGAAGAUCAGUGUAUCUUAUUUCUUGUUCUCUCAGACUUCUCACCCUUUACACUAGGAGAACAGCAAUAGGCUGACUUUGAAAUUGUUCUUGUACAGCGGGACGCGGUCAUACUGUCACCAUAGGAAUGUUAAGUAGAAUGUUGGAUUAUGGCUAUUAAAUGGGGCAGUGAUCUUCAUGUCUGGAAGAGGGCUGUUAGCAUUUGGGAUUUAGUUACUACCCAUUUCAGAAUGAUCCUAAAUCCCAUUCAGUCAAUGAGAAGCCUUUCUGUUAAUUUUACUGGACUUUUUACCAAGUCCUCUGUACUUGUGGGCAAGGUACACAGACUGUCAGCUACAAUCAGCUGGGAGAUACGUCCCCAUUUUUUAGCAAAUUGUCGAUGUUUUCUCACCUGUGUGAUAGCGUUUAGGGUAUUAGGUGUUCUCUGACAGAAGCAGGUACUGGGGAUUUGGGGUGAUGUUUUUAGAUAGCCUGGAGCUUAUGUUUGUGUCAGGUUUUAGGGGCUGAUGGUGAGGCUUUGAUGUGCCACUGAAAGGACAAAGGAUCCUUGCGCAGGUAAACUACCUACCUCAUGGGGAAGCGGCUGGGGGUGAUGAUGUUGCUGCAGUGCUAAGGCUGCGUAGCAGAGUCGAGCAGUUGGCAACUGAGAUAAAGACGGUUCAUCCUCCGACAGCUGAGCUGGGUGUCUGCAUAGCCACUGGGCCCCUGGGAACACCAGUUGGCUGGCCAGGCAUCUUUAAGAGCCCAGAGAAAGUAUACACAGAGGCAGAGUCAGAUCUUCUUUUUCCCAUAUCUUCACAGAUCCUCUGCUCUGAUCCUCUCUGUUAUCUUCCUAGGGUUGUGGGGUUUUUUGUUUGUUGUUUUUUUCUGAGGCUAGUAACACAUCUGCUCACUUCAGUGUUUGCUUUUCUUUCCCACUGCUGUUUACACUCCUUUUUCAGUCUGGUUGAGGGAAUGUCUUCGGUCACACGGUGGCAGCUACUCCUCACAUUACUCAUUCUGAGCUCAGUCACAGGUUGCUUGCGCUCGCUGUAUUUAUGCCCGCUACAGGCUGCUCAGCUCAGAGGGAGUGCAGUUUCUAGAAUGCUUUGUGCCCCCCUGAGUUGAGAGUCCUGGUAGGAAGCAGCAUUAUCUCUGGCAUCCAGACAGGUGCUCGGAAGAGGGAGGGCAGCAGCAUGGGAUCCCAGGAGGGCUGCUGCCUCCGGGGUGAGCACCCGUGACGGUAAAGCGGCCUCAUGGCUUAGGAAGCAGCACGUUGAUGGAAGAGUCAUAGCAGCAGCUCCUGCUCUCCUCUGCAGUCAGCUUGGAUCAGAGAGGAGGAAAACGCUACACGGAACGAUAACGCCAAGUGCACCUCCACAUGUAUGUGCCCACACACAAGCCUCGGGGCGCUGCUGGACCCUGCCACGGGGACGUGACAUCCAGCGCUGUUUGUCAAGUGCCGGUUGCUGGGGCAGUGUGCCGGUUACAUGACCGGUGCCUGGAUCAUCAGGGUACUCAAACAGCCUGGUUUCUGAGGAAAAGAACUGUGCAAGAGUUGAAGGGUUUUUCUGGUUUUGUAUUUUCAGUCAAGGCAGAGAUAGCAGUCUGAGAAACUGAAACAGCUACAUAUAAUUUUUUUUUUAAAUACUUUUUAUGAAAUGCUUUUUGGAAUAAAACAGACAAAAACUGA